ACCAUUCCUUAGUUUCCUCUCCUCUCUUGCUUAGCUCAUUUUUCGGUUUUUUUUUCUCUCUCUCUUCUCUCCUCUCCCUCUCCUGCUUUUUUCUUUCCGGUGACAGUAGGGCUUCUUCUAUCUUACGCUUUCGCACUGUUGUUUCUCCGCGGCGCACGUUAACCCCGCCGUUCUCUAUCUUACGCUCCCGGAGGGUUAGAGGGAGACUCUCUAGGGUUUGGUUCCGAUUCUUUUAUCAUUUACUGUGAGAUCCGUGAAAGGGGAACAGUGUGUGAUUCAAUAUCUGGGCGGGCGGGAGCAGAAAGUUAGGGUUAGGGUUUUUGAUGCGUUGGCGGACAUCAGAGCCCGCUAAUUGGAUCGUAGUGUGGGUCAGGCGCGUGACAUGGCUAAUCCCGGAGUCGGGACCAAGUUUGUAUCCGUGAAUCUGAACAAAUCGUAUGGGCAGCCUUCUCACCAUCCACCGCAUCCUAGCUCUUACGGGUCGAACAGGGGCCGGCCCGGUAGUCAUGGCAGUGGAGGAAUGGUGGUCCUUUCGAGGCCUCGCAGUGCUAACAAGGCUGGGUCGAAGCUAUCUGUUCCACCCCCCUUGAAUCUGCCUUCGUUGCGCAAAGAGCACGAGCGCUUUGAUUCGUUGGGUUCAGGUGGUGGAGCUGCCGGUGGAGGGGCUUCAGGUAGUGGGUCAAGGCCUUCUUCAUCUGGUGUGGGGUGGACGAAGCCCACCGCGGUUGCUUUGCAAGAGAAAGAAGGGGCUGGUGAUAAUGUAGGAGCUGAUGGAGUUGACCAGACUUUGCAUGGUGUUGAUGGGGUGAGUAGGGGGAUCGGUUCGGGGACCAGUCUUUAUAUGCCACCUUCAGCCCGGUCUGGCUCUGUGGGACCCCUCCCUACUGCUUCUGCUCUAUCUCAUCAACCGACAGAGAAAGCACUGCUCUUGAGGGGUGAGGAUUUUCCUUCAUUGCAGGCUGCUUUGCCUUCUUCAUCAGGGCCUUCACAAAAGCAAAAGGACGGUUUGAAUCAGAAACAGAGGCAAGUUGUCCAUGAUGAAUUGUUGAAUGAGCAGAGGGAUAGUUCUCAUUCAAGUUUGCUUGUUGACAUGCGCCCUCAAGUGCAGCCGUCUCGUCGUGGUAUAGGCAAUGGACUGAAUGAGAGUGGCAGUGAAAGUAAGGGUUUGGGUGGUAAUCGAGCAUCAGAGCAAGUAAGGAAGCAGGACGAGUAUUUUCCAGGUCCAUUACCACUAGUUCGGUUGAACCCAAGAUCAGAUUGGGCGGAUGAUGAGCGUGAUACAAGUCAUGGUUUCACAGACCGGGGCAGAGAUCAUGGGUACUCAAAGACUGAACCUUAUUGGGAUAGAGAUUUUGAUAUGCCCAGAGUAAGUGUUCUACCACACAAGCCAGUUCAUAAUCCUUCUGAUAGGCGGGGUCUGCAUGACAAUGAAGCUGGAAAGAAUUCUUCCAGUGAAGUCCCUAAGGUGGACCCAUACAGCAGAGAUGCAAGAACACCUAGCAGAGAAGGAAGGGAAGGGAACUCGUGGAGAAAUACCAAUCUUCCAAAAGAUGGAAUUAGUGGUCAAGUUGGAAAUGAAAGAAAUGGUUUUGGUGCAAGGCCAUCGAGUGUAAACAGAGAAACAAGUAAGGAGAACAAGUAUAGUCUGACAACCGUUCAAGAAAAUGCUCAAGAUGAUUUUGUAAGGAGGGAUGUAGGGUAUAGACAUGGAGGGAGACAGCCCUGGAACAAUCAUACGGAUUCAUAUGCAAGCAGAGGGGCUGAAUGGAAUAAACGAGACCGAUAUGGCAGUGAACAACACAAUAGAUACAGAGGUGAUGCUUUACAGAAUAGUUCAGUGUCCAAACCCUCGUACUCCCUAGGUGGUAAAGGACUUCCUGUCAAUGAUCCCCUGCUCAAUUUUGGUAGGGAGAAGCGCUCAUUCUCAAAUAGUGAAAAACCUUAUGUAGAGGAUCCUUUCAUGAAAGACUUUGGAGGUACUGGUUUUGACAGCCGGGAUCCCUUCUCUGGAGGUCUUCUCGGAGUGGUUAAGAAGAAGAAAGAUGUGAUUAAACAAACUGAUUUCCAUGAUCCUGUUAGGGAAUCUUUUGAGGCGGAACUUGAGAGAGUUCAGAAAAUGCAAGAACAGGAGCGACAGCGGAUCGUUGAGGAACAAGAAAGAGCUUUAGAGCUAGCUCGAAGAGAAGAAGAGGAGAGAAUGCGGCUGGCUAGGGAACAAGUAGAGAGGCAGAGAAGGUUGGAAGAAGAAGCUAGGGAAGCAGCGUGGAGAGCAGAACAAGAACAACUUGAAGCCAUGCGAAGAGCUGAAGAGCAGAGAGUAGCCAGGGAAGAGGAGAGACGGAGGUUGUUUAUGGAGGAAGAAAGGAGGAAGCAUGCUGCUAAGCAGAAGCUUUUGGAAUUGGAGGAAAGGAUUGCCAAGAGGAAGGCUGAAACUGGAAAGGCUGGUGGUAAUUUUUUGGCUGAUGCAGAUGAGAAAAUGUCAAGGAUGGAGAAAGAAAAAGAUGUGUCCAGGGCAGCUGACAUGGGUGACUGGGAGGAUGGUGAAAGAAUGGUGGAAAGGAUCACAGCCUCAGCAUCUUCUGAUUCAAGUUUGAACAGGUCCUUUGAGAUGGGUUCUAGGUCUCAUUAUUCUAGAGAUACUUCUGCUUUUGUGGAUAGAGGAAAACCUGUUAAUUCAUGGAGAAGAGAUGUAUAUGAGAAUGGGAACAGCUCAACCUUACUUAUACAAGACCAGGACAAUGGCCAUCAUAGUCCCAGACGAGAUUUAUCUGUUGGUGGGAGAGGUCAUUUAAGGAAAGAGUUCUAUGGAGGCGGUGGAUUCAUGUCUUCUAGGACUUACCAUAAAGGAGGGAUUACUGAACCUCACAUGGAUGAUAUCACUCAUUUAAGGGGGCAGAGGUGGAACCUUUCUGGGGAUGGGGAUCAUUAUAGCAGAAAUAUGGAGAUUGAGUCUGAAUUCCAGGAUAACCUUGUUGAAAAGUUUAAUGAUGUUGGAUGGGGGCAGGGCCGUGUCCAUGGCAAUCCGUAUUCUCCUUAUCCUGACCAACUGUAUCCAAAUUCUGAUGCAGAUGGGUCUUAUUCUUUCGGUAGGUCACGGUAUUCCAUGAGACAGCCUCGUGUUCUUCCACCGCCAUCACUAGCUUCCAUUCACAAAACCUCCUACAGGGGGGAAAUUGAUCAUCCUGGACCCUCAGCUUUUCCAGAAAAUGAGAUGGAGUACAAUCAUGCAGCUAGAAGUGAACCUACCCUGCAGACAGGGUAUGAUACUAAUCGUGUGGAGCAUAUCAGACAACCUGAAAUAAUUGAUGUCAAAGAAGAAAACACCGGUAAUGAGAAAAAGAAACUGGACGGUAACACCACCCCAAGGUGUGACUCACAAUCUUCUCUUUCUGUGUCUAGUCCCCCUAGUUCUCCAACUCAUCUUUCUCAUGACGACUUGGAUGAAUCCAGAGAUUCUUCAGUGUUAUCUGCCCCUGGGGAUAGCAAAGAUGUUCCCCUGUCUGGGCAGGAGAACGAAUCACUUGCAUUACCUACCAAUUCUGGAAAAGAAAAUGUGGUGAAUGCUUCUAGUUCUGUCUCAACCGGUGAUGAUGAAGAAUGGGCUGUUGAGAACAAUGAGCAUCUUCAGGAGCAAGAAGAAUAUGAUGAAGACGAAGAUGGAUAUGAGGAGGAAGAUGAAGUGCAUGAAGGAGAUGAUGAGAAUAUUGACCUAACCCAUGAGUUUGAAGGCAUGCAUUUAGAGGAAAAAGGGUCCCCUGACAUGAUGGACAACUUGGUCCUGGGCUUCAAUGAAGGUGUUGAAGUUGGAAUGCCAAAUGAUGAGUUUGAGAGAAGUUCAAGGAAUGAAGAAGGUGCAUUCAUGGUACCUCAGGUUUUGUCUGGCACUGUUGAAGAGCACGGGUCAUUUGAUGGAAUUCGUACUGAUGAACAGACCCUUCAACAUAUGGAUGGUUCCUCCCUAGUGAAUGUAGGUAGUUCUUCUAGAACAUUCCAGGAAACUGAGAAGGCAAUGCAGAAUUUAGUUAUUCAGCCUAAUAAUGCCUCCCAUAUGUCAGCUACAACUGAUCGUGUGGAUCAUGUGGAUGCCGCUAGUAGUUCUCGGCCAUCUUCUCAGCAUCCAGUUGCAUCUUCGGUUAGCCUUAACUCCCAUUUGUUGUCUGGUCAGGCUGUCAUGCCUACAGUAUCUGCUGUUCCAAAUCAGACAGAAGGAUCUGUUAAGCUUCAGUUUGGGCUGUUUUCAGGCCCAUCUCUGAUACCAUCUCCGGUCCCAGCUAUACAAAUUGGUUCUAUACAGAUGCCUCUUCCUCUGCAUCCUCAGGUUGGUCCUUCUCUCGCCCACUUGCACCCGACACAGCCUCCUCUCUUCCAAUUUGGCCAGCUAAGGUAUACAUCUCCAAUAUCCCAGGGACUACUGCCAAUGGCUCCUCAAUCAAUGUCUUUUGUUCAGCCCAAUCUCCCAUCCAGUUUUUCUUUGAAUCAGACUCCAGGAGGUCAUCUGCCUAUUCAGACUGGUCAAGGAACUUCUCAAAAUAUAAAAAAUGAUGUUAUGUUACUUUCGGUGGAUGAUCAACCGGGGCUUACUUCAAGGCACUUGGAUGUAUCUCAAGAGAAUGUACCAGAGAAGAUAAAUUCAAUGCCAGCAGGAGAAAAGGCUGAAACCUCUGUUAUGGUGCAACGGGGACCAGCGGUAUCCCGUAUUGGUGAUAGCAAUUCAAGGUCUGAGACAGUGUUUCAAGCAGAUCAGAGACACCAUAAUUCGGUUGGGAAAAACUUCAGUGCUUUCUUUGGUACGAGGGAAUCUGAAGGUCAGGCUCAAACUGGAGCGGCGCCAUCUCAGUCGGUUUUCAAAGAAAAAGACUUUAGUGGGCCAAAGGCUCAUGGCCCAGCAUCUGGUGGCAGGGGAAAAAAAUUUGUAUUUACGGUUAAAAAUUCUAGCGCAAGAUCAUUUCCAGAUACUGAGCCAACCCACGUAGAAUGUAGUGGGUUUCAGAGAAGGCAUCGACGCAAUAUGCAGCGUACUGAGUUUCGAGUUCGAGCAAGUGCUGAUAAGAGGCAAUCUACAGGUUCUGUAUCUUCCAACCACGUCGGACUGGAAGAGAAAUUUGUCUCUGGAAGGGGUUUCGGGCCUUCUGUAAGAGGUGGGCCUAGGAGGGUUGUCAUGUCAAAUAAACCUUCAAAACAGAUGUUAGAUUCAGAGGGCUUGAGCCCUGGUCGAAAUAAUUCACAUGAAAUAGAGUCUGUAAACAAGGCUGAAAAGGGAGCUGGAAAAGAUGCCACAACAAAGAGUCAGAAUAUCCCGAAAUCUGGAGAGGGAAACCUUAAAAGAAAUAUUCAUUCUGAAGAGGAUGUUUAUGCUCCUCUGCAAAGUGGUAUUGUGCGUGUUUUUGAGCAACCUGGCAUAGAGGCUCCUAGUGAUGAAGAUGAUUUCAUUGAAGUGAGGUCAAAGAGGCAAAUGCUGAAUGAUCGGCGUGAACAGAGAGAAAGAGAAAUCAAGGCGAAGUCUCGCGCCUCAAAGGUGCCACGGAAACCUCGUUCUACUUCAAAAGGUAGUACUGCCUCUGCCAACUCAGGUAAAAGUUCUGCAGCGACAAAUGGAGAAGCAGGAAACAGCAUUCACUCUGAUUUUGUUGCCUCUGAGGGACGUGGAUUGGCAAAUAUUGAAGUAUCAGCUGGAUUUAACACUAAUGUAGUGUCUCAACCGUUAGCUCCAAUUGGCACUCCUGCUGUGAAAAGUGAUGUCCAGGCUGAUAUUAGAUCCCAAACAAUCAGGUCACUCAACACAAGCUCCCUUCCUGUAGUAUCAGGUAGUGUAAAAAAUAUUGGGCGAGGCUCUAUUAUCGAGAACAACAAUAAGGUCCUGGAUAAUGUUCAAGCAUCUUUGAGCUCAUGGGGUAAUCAACAGGUUAUGGCCUUGACGCAGACCCAACUUGAUGAGGCUAUGAAGCCUGGGCAAUUUGGUUCUCAUGGUUCUGUUGGAGAAAUUAAUAGUUCAGUUUGUGAGUCCAGCAUGCCAUCGUCAUCCAUCAUGACAAAGGAGAAGCCAUUCUCAUCUGCUGCAAAUCCAAUCAAUUCCCUGCUUGCUGGCGAGAAAAUCCAAUUUGGUGCCGUUACGUCUCCAACAAUACUGCCUCCUAGCAGCCGUGCUGUAUCACAUGGAAUCGGCCCACCAGGACCAUCUCGGUCAGACAUGCAACUCUCCCACAAUCUUUCUGCAAGUGAGAAUCUUCUCUUUGAAAAAGAGAAACACACCACUGAAUCAUGUGUUCAUUUGGAAGAUUGUGAAGCUGAAGCUGAAGCAGCGGCUUCAGCUGUUGCUGUUGCAGCCAUUAGCAGUGACGAAAUUGUUGGGAAUGGUUUGGGUGCUUGCUCUGUCUCGGUUCCAGAUACCAAAAAUUUUGGAGGUGCCGAUAUUGAUGGGGUAGCAGAAGAUAAAGCCGGUGAUCAGCAAUUAGCCAGUCAAUCAAGGGCCAAACAGUCUCUCAGUGUUUCCUUUCCAGCAGAUCUAUCUGUUGAGACCCAUUCAUUAAGGCCACCAUUACCAGGUCAGAAUAAUUUCCUUAUAACCAAUUUCAUAGUGGCUGCCCUUCCCAAGAGUGUUGAAGGUGCUGAUAUUGAUGGGAGGACAGCAGGUGAUCAGCAAUUAGCCAGUCAAUCACGGGCCGAAGAGUCUCUCAGUGUUUCCCUUCCGGCAGAUCUAUCUGUUGAGACACCACCAAUUUCGCUAUGGCCACCGUUACCAAGUCCUCAGAAUUCUUCAAGCCAAAUGCUUCCACAUUUUCCUGGUGGCCCGCCUUCCCAUUUUCCCUUUUAUGAAAUGAAUCCCAUGUUGGGGGGUCCUGUUUUUGCAUUUGGACCACAUGAUGAAUCUGCAUCUACUACCCAGCCACAAUCCCAAAAGAGUAGUGCACCAGCUUCAGCGCCACUUGGGACCUGGCAGCAGUGUCAUUCUGGGGUAGAUUCAUUCUAUGGUCCUCCUGCAGGUUUUACUGGUCCUUUUAUCAGUCCAGCUGGAGGCAUACCAGGUGUUCAAGGUCCACCACACAUGGUUGUCUAUAACCACUUUGCACCUGUUGGACAAUUUGGACAAGUUGGCUUGAGUUUCAUGGGUACUGCCUAUAUCCCAUCAGGAAAGCAGCCAGAUUGGAAGCACAACCCUGCAUCUUCCGCCAUGGCUGUUGGUGAGGGGGAGAUGAACAAUAUAAAUAUGGUUUCUGCACAGCGCAACCCUACCAACAUGCCUGCUCCGAUCCAGCAUUUGGCCCCUGGGUCACCACUGCUUCCUAUGGCUUCACCUUUGGCCAUGUUCGAUGUUUCUCCCUUCCAGUCCUCUCCUGACAUGUCAGUUCAAGCCCGAUGGCCACAUGUUCCUGCAUCACCUCUUCAGUCUGUUCCUAUAUCAAUGCCAUUGCAGCAACAGGCAGAUGGUAUACUUCCUUCUAAAUUUAGCCAUGGUCCUGCUGACCAAUCAUUGCCGGCCAACAGGUUCCCUGAGUCCCGGACUUCUACAGCCUUUGAUAACAGUCGUAAUUUUCCUGUAGCAACUGAUGCUACUGUCACCCGAUUCCCAGAUGAACUGGGAUUAGUAGACCCCGCAAGCUCCUCCAGCACUGGGAAUUCAACACAGAGUGCUGUCACUAAGAGCUCAUCUGUAAGUACCACCGUAGAUACUGCCAAGACUGAUGUUGAUCAGAAGCUCAGUACCAGUGUUAGUGGACAUAGCGCGAGUUCUAAUGCCAAGUCUCAGUCAUCUAUGCACAAGAAUAACACCUCUAACCAGCAGUAUGGCCAUUCAUCUUAUUAUCAGAGAGGUGGGGGUUCUCAGAAAAAUAGUUCAGGGGGUGACUGGUCGCAUCGAAGAACGGGGUUGCAUGGAAGGAAUCAGUCUCUGGGUGCAGAAAAGGGCUUUCCACCUUCUAAGAUGAAGCAAGUAUACGUGGCUAAACAGACCUCAAGUGGGAGUUCAACAGCGCUAUGAGGAGCUACAAAAUGAGCUGCUUGGAUUUGAGAAAGAAAAAAAGAAAGAGAGCCUGCAGGUUGAAGGAGAUGUUCAGGAAUAAAGAGUUUUGGUUGCUUUAUUUUUUUGCAGCGUCCAUUGCACCGGUAGGUGCGUGUCUAGUAUUGAGAUUGAGAUUUUUUUGAGAUAUAUCAAUAGAUAGGUAUGCUGGUUUUCCCAAUGAAGGUUUCUGAAAUUUUGGGCCUGCCUGGUGGUUGCUCGAUUAGAAGAAAAAUGACGAUUAGCUCGAAGACUAAAUAGUUGUAUUGACAAGUCAACUAUGAUAUUGUUUUCAGUUGUGGUACAUCAUCCAUGGGGGUUUGUGGGUUUGAAAUCUUUGUUGGUCUGCAAACCGAACUGUCAAUUUAUUGGGGAUUUGAUGUACUGAAUGUUGUGUCCAGGUAGCAUUCUUUUUUCAACUUUAGCAAAUGAUAAAAUGCGGCCUUCGAGGGAGGGAUUUCUUCUUUCUUUCUUUCUUUCUUCACCCUGUUCUGUAUUUGUAUUUAUUUUUAAAUGAAAUGUAUUUUGUGGUUGGAAGAAAUUUGAAACAAUUGGGAGAGUGAUUUAGUAAUAAUACGAGAUCGGUUUUGCUAA